AUGCGCAAGUUGACAAUAGUCUUACUGGUAACGGCGAUAGCCGUUGUGGUCGCUGCUAAGAAAGGAAAAGCAAAGAAUGACACAUCGUCAAGCUCAUCCUCAAGCUCCGAAGAAGAGAGAGAAGGUUCCGGAGAAUCCACUCUGAAGAAGGUCAAGGCAGGAGUUGAGAAAUUGGAGAAAGAAGAAGCUAAAAAGUCUGAGAAAAAAGAAGAUAAGAAGUCUGAAGAUAAGAAGGAGAAAGGUGAUGAAGAAGGAAGCGGAGGAGGAAAGCUAUGA